UCUUAAUUCAUUAUUGAGUUCCGUAAAGUGGGUCCCACUUUUUCCCAUUUCCCAACCUCCAUAACUAUAGUUUGAGACUAUAUACUAGUAUUGAGCUCUAUCUCUCUCUGAGCUUCAGAUCUACUUGAAGAGAAGUGUAAAAGACCCAAGAUAAACCCUUAGCUUCCAGUAACGAUCUAGGAAACAAGAAUGGCAGUGACAGAAGCAGAUAAUCCUCUUCUUGGAGAGAUCACUUGUGGCACCUUACUCCAGAAGUUACAGGAAAUAUGGGAUGAAGUUGGUGAGAGUGAUGAGGAACGAGACAAACUACUUCUCCAGAUAGAGGAAGAGUGUCUCAACGUUUACAAGCAUAAGGUUGAGCUUGCCGCAAAAUCUCGCGCUGAGCUUCUUCAGACCUUGUCUGAUGCCAAUGUUGAACUCUCCAAUCUCACAACCGCUCUUGGGGACAAAAGCUACAUCGGCAUUCCAGAUAAGACUUCAGGAACGAUCAAAGAGCAGCUUUCUGCAAUAGCACCUGCGCUUGAACAGCUCUGGCAACAGAAAGAGGAAAGGGUCCGGGAGUUUUCUAAUGUGCAGUCACAGAUUCAGAAGAUCUGUGAAGAGAUUGCUGGUGGUUUGAGCAAUGGUCCACAUGUGGUUGACGAGUCUGACUUGUCUCUGAAGAGGCUAGAGGACUACAAGAGCAAACUCCAAGAGCUCCAGAAAGAGAAGAGUGAUCGGUUGAACAAGGUGCUUGAGUUUGUAAGCACAGUGCAUGAUCUAUGUUCCGUCCUUGGUUUAGAUUUCUUGAGCACUGUCACUGAAGUUCAUCCGAGCUUAGAUGAGUCAAAUGGUGUUCAUGCCAAAAGCAUCAGCAAUGAGACUCUAUCAAGGUUGGCUACUACUGUAUUGACUCUUAAAGAGGAUAAGAAGCAAAGACUUGAGAAGCUUCAAGAGCUAGCUACUCAGCUAACUGAACUAUGGAAUCUGAUGGACACUCCUGAUGAGGAAAGAGAGCUUUUUGAUCAUGUUACCUGUCACAUUUCAGCUUCAGUUCAUGAAGUAACCGUCUUUGGUGCUCUCGCACUUGAUCUCAUCGAGCAGGCUGAGGUGGAAGUGGAUAGGCUUGAUAAGCUCAAAGCUAGCAGGAUGAAGGAAAUUGCAUUCAAGAAACAAACCGAGCUUGAGGAGAUAUACGCUCGUGCUCACAUAGAGAUAAAGCCAGAGGUUGUUCGCGAGAGGAUCAUGUCGUUGAUUGACGCUGGAAACACCGAACCUGCUGAGCUGCUAGCUGAGAUGGAUAGCCAGAUAGCAAAGGCCAAGGAAGAAGCGUUUAGUAGGAAAGAGAUUUUGGACCGAGUUGAGAAAUGGAUGUCAGCUUGUGAGGAAGAGAGCUGGCUUGAAGACUAUAACCGGGAUCAGAACAGGUAUAGUGCAAGCAGAGGAGCACAUUUGAAUCUCAAGAGAGCUGAGAAAGCUAGGAUCCUUGUCAGCAAGAUUACAGCAAUGGUUGACACAUUGGUUACUAAAACCCGGGCAUGGGAAGAGGAUAACAGUAUGUCCUUUGAGUACGAUGGUGUUCCUCUACUAGCCAUGUUAGAUGAGUACACUAUGCUUAGGCAGGAACGAGAAGAGGAGAAGCGGAGACUGAAGGAGCAGAAGAAGCAGCAAGAACAGCCGCACACAGAACAAGACUCAGCCUUUGGGUCAAAACCUAGCCCUGCAAGACCCGUGAGUGCCAAGAAACCGGUGGGAACACGAGCUAAUGGAGGAGGAGGAGGAGGGGCUAACGAAACGCCUAGGCGCUUAUCAAUGAACUCAAACGGAAGCAAGUCCAAAAGAGACAGUCUCAACAAGCUGACUUCGCCUUCGAAACUAGUAGCUAUCUCGAAAGAGGAAGCUGCAGCAUCAUCUCCUCCAGUCUCUUGUCCUGACCCAGUUCCAGCUUCUUCACCAUGAUAAUAUUCUCUAGUCAUUUUGUUAGUUUGGUAUUAACACUUGAGAGUAGAAUGUUACGUAGAUUUUUAUGUCUCUGUAUCAUUGAUCGACUCUUUUUUCUUCUUCUUCUUCCAAGCCUUUGGGAGAAUGACUAUACAUUAAAGUGACCGGCUUAAUGAAGAAAAACAUUAGGGUUCUAA